AUCAUUUUGUACCAAUAAAGGCUUAUUUCGACCAUAUUUUGCACCAUCUUAUUAGAGUACGUUUCUUUCAUUCUAACUUGGUUCAAUCCGGAGAUCGACCGAUCGAUAGAAACUAUGUCACGAUCAAGAAGAGGAGACCCUGUAAAGGUUGUGAUCAUCAACACCGAGUAUAUUGAGACUGAUGCCACAAACUUUAAAUCGGUGGUGCAACAUCUCACGGGAAAAGAUUCACCCAACCCCGCCUUAUCUCUAAACGGUAAGUUGUCGCUGGGUGGUAGGAAUGAUGGAGGUGGUGGUGCUGGUGCUGGUGAUAUGAGUUCACCGAUGUUGAAUAAAGGGAUGUCGUUUAGAGACCUUGAUAAGUUGCUUUUAGAGCUGCCUACCAUGGAUGAAAUGUAUCAAUUUUGUGUUGAUUAAGUUUACUUUAUUAACUGAUCAUUUACCUCCUUGUAAAAAAAUAUAACUACUGUAUACAUAUUUGUAUAUCCAUGUAUUUAAUUUUAAUUAAUAAAUAAUUUUAUUUUA